AUGGCGGAACACUUGGCGUCGAUUUUUGGGACGGAGAAAGACAGGGUGAACUGCCCGUUUUAUUUCAAGAUCGGAGCUUGUCGCCACGGUGACCGGUGCUCUCGUCUCCACACCAAGCCUAGCAUCAGCCCUACUCUGCUUCUCUCAAACAUGUAUCAGAGGCCUGAUAUGAUUACUCCGGGAGUCGAUGCUCAGGGGCAGCCGAUUGAUCCGCAGAAGAUGCAGGAACACUUUGAGGAUUUUUAUGAAGAUCUUUUUGAGGAGCUGAGUAAGUAUGGUGAGAUUGAGAGCUUGAAUAUCUGCGACAAUCUGGCUGACCACAUGGUGGGAAAUGUGUAUGUGCAGUUUAGAGAAGAAGAGCAGGCAGCAAAUGCCCUGAAAAAUCUCACUGGGAGGUUCUAUGCUGGUCGGCCAAUCAUUGUCGAUUUUUCUCCUGUUACGGACUUCCGUGAAGCUACCUGUAGGCAGUACGAAGAGAAUACCUGUAAUCGUGGUGGAUACUGCAAUUUUAUGCACCUUAAGAGGAUUGGCAGGGAGCUGAGGCGCCAGUUGUUUGGGAGGUCUCGUCGAAGGCAUAGUAGAAGCAGAAGCAGAAGUCCUUACAGGCACCGUAGUCAUGAAGAUCGUUCUCAUCGUCAUAGCAGAAGGCAGGAUGAGAGGGAUUACCACCAUGACAGCCGAAGCAGGAGGCGCCGAAGUGACAGUCCUGAACGUAGGAGGGGAAGAACUCGUAGCAGGAGCCCCGCUGGCAGGAGAGAUAGAAGCCCAGUUAGGGAUGGAAGUGAGGAGAGACGUGCCAGAAUUGAACAGUGGAACAGAGAAAGGGAGGAAGCUGAAGCAGGUAAUAAGUUCCAUGCUGAUUCCAGAAACAAGAAGGAUGAAAGGACCGAUAAUGGUUUCGUCCAAAAUGGAGAUGGUUAUUAUCAUCAGGAGCCGGAGCAGAAUGGAAAUGGACAUUAG